AUGGCUACUGCGCCAGAUUCUGCUCCUGUGAAGCAAUUGGAGAUGAUGUUAGAGUGUUCAAUAUGUACUGAAACACUAACUCAACCACGGACAUUGUCAUGCUUCCAUUCGUUUUGUAGUCACUGUUUAGAGAACUUUGUUGCGACUCACCGCAAGAAAGCAGUCAAAGAAAAAGCCAAAGUACCAGAGGUCUUUGAAUGUCCAGAAUGCCGAACCGAGUUUCACGUCAAAGAAGGAGAAAGCGUGGAGAAAAUUUCAUCAAACCAUUUUAUCAACAACAUGCUGGAAUUCCUCACUCUACAGCAACAAGCUCAAUGGAUUAAAUGCCAGUCAUGUAAAGCUAAAGAUUCUGGCACCAGUAGAUGCAUAUCAUGUGAGAAUUACCUGUGUGGAAAAUGUCUAGAAACCCACAACAAAUACUGGCGUGUGUUUGAAGUGCAUGUCCUGUUGACGUUGGAAGAAUUGGCAAAGCCAGAAAACCGAGCGAAAGCAGGAAGCAAACCUCGUUGUGAGAAACACGAUAAAGUUCUCAAGUUUUACUGCGAAACUUGCAAAGUCCUUGUUUGUCGAUACUGCGCUGACGUGAAUCACAUACGCCCUGAACAUAUGUUGUUCCCUUUGGCAGACGCUGUUGUACAGCACAAGGAAGCGUUGAAGACAUCGUCCGCCAUCUUCGAGCAACAAAAGAACGAAGCGGUUCAAAGCAAUCUGAAGAUAGGACACGGUAUGGUAACCCUGGAGAACAACAAAGCGAAAGCCAAAGACGCCAUCAUGCAGCAACAACAGGAAAUCCGGAAUGCAUUUACCAAGAAACUCGAGGAGGAAACAGCAACCAUGCUUAGCCAGGUUGACAUGAAAUACAACGAAGCUAGCGCGCCCCUGGUGAAACAACAAGCCGACGUGAAAGAUUACUUGGCAAAAACAAAAAGCUUGCUGAAUUUUACCAAGAAUAUCAUUUCCAAUGGAAGCGAUGAGGAAAUCCUUUCGCUCGAACAUCAGGUUGAAGAAAAAGCUGGGAGUAUUGAGAAAGAACGACCAGAAUCAAUGGAGCCAGUUCACAACAGCGGCAUUGAAUAUCGAGCAAAAGCAAGCAAUGAUGUCCUCGAGAAUGUAAAGUGGAAUGAUUUAGGAAAAAUUGGUAUGUGUAUUUCACACUGCUUAUAUUUAGGUAAACACUUUAUGUGACCCCUUAUUAUAGUGUAUCACAAUUACUAAUUGGAGCUCAUUUUUCUCUAUAAAAGUAAUGUCCAUAUGAGGCGGGGGAGGAGAGGUGGCAACGUCUUGACGGGGGUCACACUCGGGUUUAGAAGUUAGAGGCGGAGUUGGGGUGCGGGUCAGGGAUUAGCCUUGAUACGUUAUAAUAGGGGUCGCACGAAGUAUAUACCUAUAAUUACAAGAGCAGCCGCUUUUAUUUUGAGUCAGUUUAUUAAACUCUACAUCGAUGUUACGUAUAAUUUCUGCCGCCAUUUAUUCUAGCGCCGUUGACUUUUGAUCUUCAGAAAAUCUGUAGUAUACGAAAAUAAUACUCAAUGAUACUUCACCCAGAAUAUUUAGAAAUAAUCGCUGUAACCCUUAAAGCCCAUCGACUUUACACACUGGAGUUUUCUCCUUCAUUUCAUUUCAUUUUGUUUGAAAUCACGGAAAUUUGAAUUGUGUAGUAUUUCUUGACGUUCGAAAAGCGUUUGACUCAAUAAAUCAUCAGUGAAAUACUACUACAAAAAAUGCAUGACAAUUUUGGCAUAACUGGCACUGAACUGGAAUGGUUUAAAUCUUACCUAACCAACAGGGAGCAACAAUGUACGAUUAAUGGCCAGAUUUCAUCACCUAAGAAAACAGUUUGUGGAAUCCCGCAGGGUUCGAUCUUGGGGCCGUUGCUGUUUCUGCUAUAUAUAAACGAUAGGUCUAAAUCUUUAAAAUUUUGCACUCCUUCUAUGUAUGCAGAUGACACGGAAAUUUAUGCAUCUGCUAAAAAUGGUGACGAGCUGGUCACCAAUAUAAACUCUGAUCUUGAAAAUGUCCAUAAAUGGAUGUUACAAAAUAAGCUUCAAAUUCAUCCAACAAAGACAAAACAUAUAU